ACAAAGAAAGCACAUAGAGUGCUUGAAGAGCAGCGAGCUUGAUGUAAACACAGGAGGAAAUGGGCUGUUUUGCGUUGUUUUGUUUUGUUUUUUAAUUCAAUUUCCUGGACUAUUAUGGGCGAUCAAUACUGCAUGAGGCGUUUUCAAGUGGACAGGGAAAAUAUUACACGUGUGGAUGAGAGGAGUUGAAAGCCCUGUGACGUUUUCCCGGAGUUCUUUUCCAGGUUGGCAUGCAUGUAAUCGGGUGGAAAUGGGGUCUUUUUCAAGCUGACCAAGAGGAUGAUUCUCCCGUUGGUUCACAUUUCAUGGAUAAUGCAGGAAACACUGGACUAUGUUUUUUGAUUAGGUGAGUUUUCUUUGUUCUGACAACCAAGCAUGGCGCACGCAACAACAAACCUGAUUUCUACCAAGGUUUCGAGCAUCUCAAUGGGUGAGGGCCACUAAUCUCGAACUCCCCUCGGCCCCAAAAAACCUCUCCAUCCCUGACCUGCAGAGUCCUCCCGCUGUCAAUCCUGGCUCCGCUCACAUCUGUCAACAUGGCCUCAACCAGCCGACUGCUGGGUCUGGCUGAGCUGGGGCUGAAAUGUGACCAGGAGAUAGAACGGCAAUAUGACAUUGUGCCAUCUGUGGUCUGCUCCAUGAGCUGCGUCUUUGGAAUCAUCUAUUGCUUCUUUGGCUACAGAUGCUUCAAGGCCGUCCUGUUCCUCACAGGCCUCAUGUUUGGGUCGGUGGUCAUCUUCAUGCUGUGCUACAAGGAGCGGGUCAUGGACACUCAGCUCAGCAUUGAGGCGUCGGUGGGCAUCGGCCUCGGGAUUGGGACUUUGUGCGGCCUUGUGACAAUGCUGGUCCGCAGUGUCGGGCUGUUCAUGGUGGGCCUGCUGCUGGGCCUGUUGGUUGGAGUGGCUUCAUUGGUGGUGAUGGAGGAAUUUUACCACCCAAGGACAGUGUGGGUUCCUCUGGGAAUCCUUCUUGGUUCUGGGACUCUGUUUGCUGUCCUAACUCUCCAGUGGCAGCGUUGCUUUGUAACCUUCUCCACUGCAACUUUUGGUUCGGCCGUCAUCACAAUCACAGUGGAUUACUUCGUAGAGCUGUUUGCAAUGGUGCACUACGUCUACGAGAGACUCAAGGUGGCGCCCAAGAAUCCGGUCUGCUGGUUCACGUGGGUCAUCAUGGGGGUGUGGCCUGUCCUGGCAUUGCUUGGAGUGCUUAUUCAGUGGAAAGUCACAGCAGAGGGUUUUUCUCACACAGAGGUGGUUUUGAGUCGACAACAAAGGAGGGUGCAGCUCAUGCGCAUCCGGCAGCGAGAAGAGAGGCUUAAAAAGGAGAAUGAGAACAAGAAGAAGAAGAGACAAAAAAUACAGAAGAGCAGCCAAAAAGAGAAGGCCAACGGCCAUCCCCACCAACAGUACCACCACCCGGGGACGUCUCACCCCCAUCACCCAGCCCGAAGCACACAGACCCCAAAAGUCCCUCCCCCUCACACGGAGCCAGGCUUUCAUCGCAAGCCCAACCCCAAAAAUCGCUUUGAAGGAGAUGUGCUCUCGCCGAGCUACAUCCGAAGUUUCAGGGACAAGCAAACAGACCGCCGCGCAUACUCCCACAGUCGGAUGAUGAGCCGCUCCCGGAUGGCCGAACUUGACUAUGACUGUGGCUCUCAAGUGCCCCUCACUGCUCCCACUGCGGCAACAGUUCGCAUCUGAUGUGUGAAAAAGCACAGAUCCUUCCCAAAACUAAAUUACAAAAACCCAUUGAGGUUUGGCACCUUCAAGCCUGUGUCCAUAUGGCCUUUAGCUUUUCAUUUAAAGCUUGAAGAGAUCCUGAAGUACAAGAACUUCGGUUCAUGUUAAGUCAGAUGCUCUUCGUUUUUCUUCAUCAAGCAAAUAGCAUCUGAACCUGCAACAAAACUAUUGCUGUCUGACAUCCACUAAAAUCGUGGUCCUACCAGGUGCAGCUUUAAUUUAUCUCAGCUGCACUUUAAAUUUUGGCCUGAGGAGUAGUCGCAUUGAGGGACUUUUAAGGAAGCUGGUGCCACCUUCAGAAGUCACCUUCACUGAAAGCUUUCCCAAGGAGAAGGUUAUUUCCAACAAGUCUCCUCACUGGAAAAUGAACACUUCUCACUGGCUGCUUUCUGUACGAGGUUGUGCUUUCAUCAUUUUCAUUGUACAUUUUCAGUCUUAAAUUUCUCAAAAGAAAACAUUUAUCCAUCUUCUUUACCGCUUACCCGCUUCAGGGGAGCUGUAGCCUAUUCCUGACGAUUUGGAGUGAACGGCAAAGGAAUGGACUGGUCACCACUC